AUGUCUGGACGUGGCAAGGGCGGCAAGGGCCUCGGCAAGGGCGGAGCCAAGCGCCACCGUAAGGUGCUCAGGGACAACAUCCAGGGCAUCACGAAGCCGGCGAUCCGCCGUCUGGCCCGGAGGGGCGGUGUCAAGCGCAUCAGCGGCCUCAUCUACGAGGAGACUCGCGGUGUCCUGAAGAUCUUUCUGGAGAAUGUCAUCCGCGAUGCCGUCACCUACACUGAGCAUGCCCGCCGGAAGACCGUGACGGCCAUGGAUGUUGUGUACGCCCUUAAGAGGCAGGGCCGUACUCUCUAUGGUUUCGGUGGCUGA